AAUAAUUGUUACUUAUUAAUUGUUGCUAAUAAUUAUUCUCAACUAAUUAAUUUUUUUAUUUAUGUAAAGAUGGAGAAUAGGGCUACUUGGAUGUAUGGUUUGCCAAGGUACUCACAAGCCUAUGCUGAUGAGGUGGACAAAUUUAUUACAAUCGCAGUGAAUCAUGCAAAGACGUUGUCAACAGGAAAUAAUUGUUCAGUUAUUUGUCCCUGUAAAGAUUGCAAGAACCACUUAGCAACUUAUGAUGUGGAAAUCAUCAGAUCACAUCUGAUUAGGCGAGGAUUUGUCCCGAACUACACAGUAUGGCUUCAUCAUGGUGAAGUAAUGUUUCUUGAUGGCAACGAUGAUGACCAAGAAGACGAUGCUGAAGAAGGCCAAUUGUUGUCCCAAUACGCAGACAUGUUUGAAGCACAAAUGCAACAUGAUUCAGCAAAAUCUUUGGCCUUAAGUGAAAAGAACAGCUUGCAGGCGAAGAAGAACAUCCACCACCCUCGUCUAGGCCCCGGUGGCUACGAGGGCAAGGAAGAGAUGUUUAGAAAGAUGGAAGAGGAGGCUGUAGCUGCUGGGAAUACAAAAGUAAUGAAAUUGAAGCCACGCACCAAGCGUUGGCUCUUUGCCAGGAAUCUUGAAGAAUCAGGCAGCAGUCUGAAAUUUGCCAAGCCAGAGACCGAGGAGGCAGUGUCAAGGAUAAUGAAAUAUUCUGAAGACAUCGAGAAGGGCUCAUUCACUCCUUCUAGAGAGAAGGACGAGCUUAGCCUUGGCUUGGGAAACCCCGAGCACCCAGGCCGUGUCAGGGGGUUAGGGAAACAUAAGACCUGGAAGGAAGGAUUUCGAGAGGAUGUGGAGAUGUACAAGAAACAUGGUAGAAACCGGGAGGAGAGUCUUGCCACCCUAGUGAAGACCCUAGUUGCCAAGGAACUACAGGAGCAAGGACUGUCUACUGAGCGACGCCUCCGCCUCAGUCGAUCACAUACGGGUGCCAACUCGUUGCAUCCUGUUGAUUCCCAUCGGUAG